GCCAUGAUGCUCCGCAGUGCUUUUUCUUCUUGAGAUUUAUUAAACCUCUGUGCAUUGCUGGAAGGAGGGAGCGUUUCCUCUUCCCCUUCCGCGGCAUAGCACAACUGGUAACGGAAUCUCUGCCAAUCUGAAGAUCUCGCCGGAACCCUAAUCUCUCCAUGUCGUCGUCCUCGUGGCCCCCGCCGCCUCCCUCUCCCGGCUGCUUCUCCCCAAUCUGUGGCCAGCAUGAUGACGCAGCAGACUCCUCCUUCGAUGAGGGCGAGGACGAGGAUAACCUCCGACGAUUCAUGCAAACGUUUGGCUCCAAACAGGAUGACUUCUGCUACGCAGGCAAUGGGGACGAGUCAGAUUCUUGUUCCGAUGGUGAGGGCAGUGCAGGCGAUGACAUCGCCUAUCUCCGGCGGCUUCAGGAGCAGUUCUUACCGCCUGCGGUCGCUUUGGGCUCCCCCGGGACCCCUCCGAUCUUGAAGCCUCUUCGCGCCUUCCCGCCGCUCGAUACGGACGAUGACGAGGAUUUCGAGACUCUCCGCGCCAUCCAGCGGAGGUUCGCGCACUAUGGGGGUGUGACUGAAGCAACAAAUGCGGACUUCUCACCAGAAACAAGCGGCACAUUUUCAGCUGAUACAUCUGAACAAGAUCCUCACAAUAUAUCAUUAACCGCAGCGAUGAAUGAAGAGCAUCAAGAACAAAGUAAUACUGGAUUGAUACAACCUGGAGCUGAUGCCAUAUCUGUGUUUCCCAAGUUUGUGAAGAGUUUUACUGAUACACCCAAAACACUUCUUGAUAACGUGCCAGAGCCUCCUUAUACAAGCUUGAGGAAAAGAGUAAUGAAUGAAGAGCAUCCAGAAGAGAUUCGAAGUAACUUUAAUCAAGAGGAUGGGUUGUACAGUUUGUCUGUGCGACAGUUCAUGUCUUCUAGGUUUCCAAAGUCUGUUCAGAAUUUUGUUCAUGCACUCAAGAAGAAUAGGUCAUGCCAACGAUUUAUCAGGGAGAAGAUGAUGGAAAUUGAAGCCAAGAUUGAAGUAAAUAGAAAGCUGAAAGAACGCAUCAAAUGCCUUAUGGACUUUCAUACAGCAUGUAAACGAAAAGUGGGGCGUAGUUUAUGUCAGAAAAGGGAUCCUCGUAUCAGGUUGAUUUCUUUUCGACAACAGAAAUCAUCAAGUACAGUUAAGGAAAAUUCUAAAAAGAGUUCCGCCUUGUAUUUUGCUCCAGCCGAAAACGCUCAAAUGUCCAAUUAUAAGAUGGUAAUGGGGAGAUUCCCAGUUUCACUUAGAAAGAGACAAUGGUCAAACGCGGAGAAGGACAAAUUAUUUGAUGGAGUAAAGCAACAAUGCCAAGAAAUGCUGUUUUUGAACUCAAUGAACAUUGGAAGUGAUUUUGAUGGUUUGAAUGAUUCCAUUAUAACAUCUACUUUUGAUUGUGCCCGUCAUCUGUUGACACCAGAGAUUUUAAGAUCUUUCAUUCGUUUGGUUAACUGGGAUCGGUUAGCUUCUAUGUAUCUUCCUAGGCGUUCAGGUUCUUCAUGUGAAUCAAGGUGGUUGAAUCAUGAAGAUCCAAUGAUCAAUUGCAAUCCUUGGACUUCACUGGAAGACAAGAAACUCUUGUUUACCGUGCAAGAUAGAGGGCUUUACAAUUGGAUUGACAUGGCCUCGACAUUGGGAACAAAUAGGACUCCCUUUCAGUGCUUGGCACGAUAUCAGAGGAGUCUUAAUCCUCAUAUUUUAAAUAGAGAAUGGACUAGAGAAGAAGAUUCAAAAUUGUGCACCGCUGUUGAAACUUUUGGUGAUAACAGCUGGCAGAUCGUGGCAUCGCAUUUGGAUGGCCGUACUAGCAAUCAAUGUUCUGUUAGAUGGAGAAACACCCUUCUCCCUGAAAGGAAAAGGGUGGGAAGGUGGUCCGUGGAUGAAGAUAAACGCUUGAAAGUUUCAGUCAUUCUUUUUGGGGCCAAAAACUGGAAAAAAAUAGCUCAGUUCAUCCCUGGUAGGACUCAAAGUCAAUGCAGAGAAAGAUGGCUCAAUUGUUUGGAUCCAUCUUUAAAUCUGGAAAGAUGGACUGAAGAAGAGGAUGCUAAGUUUCUGGCUGCAAUAGCAGAGCAUGGUCAUAGAUGGUCCAAGGUUGCAGCAUGCAUACCUGGACGUACUGAUAAUCAAUGCAGAAGGAGGUGGAAAGUUUUACUGCCCCAUGAAGUGCCUAUGCUCAAGGCGGCUCAGCAGUUAAAAAGAACCGUUCUUAUUUCAAAUUUUGUUGGUCGGGAGGGUGAGCGUCCUGCAAUUGGUCCCAAUGACUUCACACCAGUUGUGUGUCUUCCAGCUCCUGAUACUGAAAAUAAUGUUGGAGUUGUCAAGAAAAGGUCACGAGAGCGUUCUAACCCAGGAAGUAACAAGAAUGCAUCAAGCAGGAACAAUAAUCUUAGAAAGGCAAGAAAUAAAUUCAGAAGCUCAACUGAAGAAAAAUCGGCAGACAACAGUAUCAUUAUUUCUAUGGAAGAUGCUUUUGCCAACUUGUCUGUUGUAUCUGUUGAAACUUCUGAUUUUACUGCUACUGGUUUCCCUAAAAGGAAACGAGAGAGAUCGUUCAGAAACAAACAAUCACGAAAGUCUCGAGAUAAAUCCGAAAGAGAUGGUGAAGAAAAUUCAAAAGCAGAUGGUUUGGUGAACAGUGCUAAAUCUGCCCACUUUUAUUUGCCUCCUGUGCCUGCUCUACCUUCUACUGCUGAUGAAAAUGAAAACAUUAAGAGAAAAAGGAAGAGAACAUCGAGAAACAAACAAUCACAAAAGUCUCGAGAUAAAUCCGAAAGAGAUGAUGAAGAAAAUUCAAAAGCAGAUGGUUUGGUGAACAGUGCUAAAUCUGCCCACUUUUAUUUGCCUCCUGUGCCUGCUCUACCUUCUACUGCUGAUGAAAAUGAAAACAUUAAGAGAAAAAGGAAGAGAACAUCAAGAAUAAGUCAACCUAAGAGGCUUAAAUCCCACAAAAGAAAACGAAUUGAUGAUAUUUUUGCCUCGAGUGAAUUGAGUGAAGAUGCUCUGAUGGAGUUGCCUCUAGUUCAUGUGAUUAAACUUAUCUCAAGGAAGUCUAGAGCUAUGCAUGAAACUUCCAAGAAAACUUAAGCGAGGAAGGUAUGCUAAUAACUUCUAGGUAGGUUUUCCUGCUGACUUAUGCACGCCACAAACGGGACCUUCAACCCAUGUUAGAAAGAUUAAGAACACACUAAGGAAAAUCUCCCUUAGCUUAAAUGGAUGAAAGAAGAAAGUCUGUUUACAACAGAAGGAUAACAACUUGAUAUAGCAAGGAUGCCAAAGCUAUGUGUUCCAAGAACAGGAUUAGUGAAUAAAAAUAUGCAAUUGAAUCCAACUUGGCCUAUGGUAUUAUGGGCAAUGGUAAUAUAAAAAAACAUUUAGUAUAUGACUUCUGGACAGACAAUCAACUUUUGGUGGAUAAUGUGAAUUCGCCAGUGGUAGAACAGACAGUAGUGAAAAAUGCAGAAUGCACCGUUACUGCAACAAACGGAAUACCAAGUAAUGGUGCUUCUUCGCUGGUUGAGAUGAAUAGACUCUAAGAUACUAUGGAUGAAAUCGCUCCUGUUGCUGAAUAGUCUCCUUAGAAUUGCAGCAUUCAGAAAUCAAAGAAUGGAUUGGAUAUGCCAUUUUUGGUUGCUUUUGGAUGAAUCUUUGCUACAAUCCGACCAUUUGGCCUUGGAGACUAGGCAAGGAUGACUUUUUUCUAGGUGAAAUAAAUUUUCAUGAAAGCUUAACCUUCUCGAGGCCAGCUUGAAGCUUGCAAAUCUCUUGAACUUCUCUAUGAUAUAAUAUGCUCAACUCAGCUGGCAAUAUCACCUGGAAAGACAAACUGGACUGAUUAUGGAUCAUGAAGCAUUUCAGCGAUGAGAAAUACAAGGAGCUCCAGACCUGCACAUUGUUUUUCUUUGAUGAAAGGUGCAACUUCGCGCGCCUUGCUAAGCUGAAAAUGGCCACAAAAAGAAGACUAAUUAUACAGAUUACUUGAUUCGAUUAUUCUGAAUAUUGGUUUCCAAUCAGAUGAAAGUAUACUUUCUCAAGUCCCUAAACCCUAAAAUCUAUAACGGUCAGCAGCCAUGGUUUUGAUUUAUUCAGCUGCCAAGAAAAAUCUUUAUCUGUGAACAAUCCAAAUCGCAAAUGAGGUGAAUAUUACUGUUCCAUUCUGCACAAUUUAUGCUUUAUACUUUUCUAAAUAACUUGAGGUUGCACUUUAGAUUUAUGAGAGCAUGCUAACUUUUUUUAAUUAUCGCUUCUACAUCAAAAAACAAAAAAAACAAAGAAUUUGUUUACUGCUGGCUUAUAAUUUCAUGGACAUUUAAGUUUCGUUUGAAAA